AUGGCCGACCUCACCUACCCACUCUACCCCAUCUUCGCUUUCUUGGGUUUCUUCCUUUCGCUCGUUCCACUACCAUGGCAUCUUCAAGCCUGGAACUCGGGGACAUGCUACUUCAUGAUGUGGUCCUCCCUCGCCUGCCUCAACCAAUUCAUCAAUUCCGUUGUGUGGCACAAUAACGCACUCAACCCAUCACCGAUAUGGUGUGAGAUAUCUAUACGGAUUCUUAUGGGCGCAUCUGUCGGGAUUCCCGCUGCGUCUCUUUGUAUCAACCGACGACUAUAUCAUAUCGCCAGUAUUCAGGCGGUUUCGGUUUCUCGCGGAGAGAAACGACGCGACAUUCUGGUCGACACCGGGAUAUGUGUCGUAUUUCCCAUCGUGUACAUUGCCCUUCAAUACAUCGUGCAAGGACACAGAUACGAUAUACUCGAAGAUCUGGGCUGCCAACCCGCGCUUUACAACACACUGCCAACCUACUUCAUUUCAUAUAUGUGGCCAAUCCUCAUCGGUCUUGUCUCUGCCGUAUACUGUGUUCUAUCCUUACGUUCAUUUAUUCGCCGUCGCGUGCAAUUCAAUCAGUUCCUCUCGUCCAACAAGUCCCUCACCGCCGGGCGCUAUUUCCGUCUCAUGGCCCUCGCCGCCUGCGACCUUACUUUCACUAUCCCCCUCUCCAUCUUCAUCAUCUGGCUCAACACCGUAGCCACCCCCAUUGCUCCCUGGAUCAGCUGGGAAGACACCCACUUCGGGUUCUCGCGCGUGGACCAAGUCCCCGCCGUCAUCUGGAAAAUGAACCACCGCUUGGUCAUUGCCACCGAAGCGACGCGCUGGUUCACCCCCCUUUGUGGCUUCCUGUUCUUCGCCCUUUUCGGCUUCGCAGAUGAAGCGAGGAGAAACUACGUGAAGGCGUUUUGGGCUAUCGUUAGGCCCUUUGGGUUCAAGCCCACACCGAUACAGCCUGGGAGACAUUUCGUUUCUAUUGGGUAA